GGAAUGCGGCUUCCAUCUGCGGGAAGCGGAAAGAGGGCCGGCUUCGAAGACGGCGGAAGCGACUCUUGGGUCGCGUCGUCUCCAAUCUUCCACUCUGACCGACUCCCGACCGAUCUCCGCCGGAGCCUGCACGACGCCGUCGCCGAUGUGGUUCGCCGGCCGGGCGAGCGCCACCGCGCCGCUCCCCCUCCUCCUGCUGCUCCUGGUCGCCGGCGCUGCCGCCACCGACCAGAUCUUCACCACCUCAGGUGUGCCUUUCGGGAAGAACUCGCGCGAGCCGAGGUACCGCGUGGAGUUCCAUCCAGUCGAUUCGCCCUACCACCCGGAGAAUGGCCAGGAGUCUGAACCAAUGACGGACCACGAGGGGAGACAAUACACCUGCUACCUACCAGUGGAAGAAACCAAGACCAUGAAGUCGAUUGUCCCACAGAAUGCAACCAAUGUUAUAAUAGAAAGCGUACGGAAAGUUAAGCCAAAGGAGCCAGAUGAACUGCUGGAGGUUCUCAAAGACCAGUGCUUCUACAGGCAUGAAGGUUGGUGGUCUUAUGAGUUCUGCUAUUAUGGAAAAAUACGACAGGUUCAUGUAGAAAAUGAGAAGGUUAUCCAAGAGUAUGUUCUAGGUGAAUAUGACCCUGAUGCAACCGAUGCUUACCAUGACAAUCACACCUCCGAGUCUGCUGAUGAGGAUCACGUGAAAGAUACUUCUAAGAGGUAUCAUGUCCAUGUGUACACAAAUGGAACUGUAUGUGAUCUCACAGAUAUACCGCGGUACACAGAGGUUAGGUUUGUUUGUUCUGAGCCCACUGUACUGAUCAGUUCGAUAAAGGAGAUAUCUUCCUGCAAGUAUGUUUUAACUGUCCAAAGCCCAAUGCUCUGCAAGAACCCGUUGUUUCAGCAGGAAAAACGCACCUUCUUCAUCCACUGCAAUGAGUCGCUUCCCGAAGCAGAAGCUGAGCCCGCCGAGGACGACGACUCUCUCCCAAAAGAAGCUCAGAUGUCCAUCGUUCCAAACCCCGACAAAUUGCAUAACUACGCAGCUUACGCUACCUGAUUGCCCGCCAAUCACGGUGCCCCCAGCUGAUGAAAGAUACCGUUAUUGUGGAGGUUCAACAGCAAGUUGGCAACAUAGUAUAACUAUCCCCUGACUUGGUUCUGUCUGACGCCAACUAGUGGUUACAGGGUGCUCUUUGAGCAGAUAUCCAUUACCGAAACAGGUUGAGAUUGCCUUAGAGGUAGAUUAAGGGCAAACCAAGAGUGUCCUGCUGUACUGUAGUGGUAUAUAAUUUAGUAAAGGGGGUAUUUGAGAUUCAGUGGCAGGCUUUAGACACAUCACCAACAAUUUUCUUCUUAAAAUGUUCAUAAAAACAGUGCAGUGAUCUUGAGAGGUUGUGCUUGCUA